AUCUUACCUCCCUCCCCCCACCUCCAGAGAGAUCCUCGUCCCUCCCGCCGGUGUGGGCCAGCAUAGCGAGUGCAAGGCAAGGUUUCACCAAAAAGGAGUGAUGCGCUAUUGACGUCACUGUCUUGCAUUCCAGCAUUUUCCAGGGACUUUGGUUCACUUUGGUCUCCCGUCGGCUUUCAUCCCCUUGCCAGCCAGCUCCCUGCACAUCUCUCCCGUCCCAGCGGCGCGCGUGCCAUCCUCCCCACCGUCAUCUUUCACGAGUGGUCUUUGUGUAUCUACCUUAGGAUGCCCUACAGCAACCCCUCGCAUGCCCCCGUCCAAGCGCUCUCGGCUCCCACUUCCGCAGCGGGGGCUGGAAGACCGAAUCACCGCCGUGCAUGGACGCACCACUCGUACACCUUCGCGGCAGACACGGGCUCGUCCGGCGCCUUCGCCAGUCUGGGCUCUCUCCCGCGUCGCCAACCUGUGGCCCGGCCGCGCUUCCAUCUUCAUCAGGAAGACGAAAGUGACAACACGUCGAGUGAUACCGACGAGGGUUCACGGCAUGCGGCUGCUGGCGUGGAGGAGGAUGAUGAGGAUGGAUCACCGCCUCCGCUCAAGUUACGUGUAGGCGGCGCAUUCAAGCUUACGCCACCUACUCCUCCUGGACUGGUGCACCGGCAUACGCACCACGGGCAUGUUCCAACGCAUGGGCCUCAGAAACGCUCCCCUCUCGGCUCACCGCGAGUGUCGCCAACGCCUUCUUCCGCGCAGCUUCAAUCACAACAGCAAGCCCCGCCUCGGACCGAAAAGGAGAAGCUUGCCGUGGACGUGACAGCUGUUCCGUUUCCCCGCUCCUCACCUCUGUCGUCCCCCUUCCCAGGAGUGGAAUCGCCCACCAUUGCUGAAGCCCCGGCAAGGCCGUCCCUUCCGCCACGCACCUCGUCUCACCCUAUCAUUUUGUCGAACGGCAAGCCGCUGAAAUCAUCCCUGAAAGGGUCUAGGUCCAGCUCCACGCCCAACAUCCCGGCAGUCCACCUCCGUUCACGAUCGGCGCCAGCGACUCCAUCCCUAUCAUCAUCGUCUCUCUCUGAGCCGGGAACCCCGGAUGAAGAUGCAUGGGAGACCGCCAGCCAGGACUCGAGCACGCCCAAGGUGGUGCAUUUCCCGGAUGCCGGGCUCGAGACGGUUCUCUUGUUCAAGCGGAGCGCGAGACCGGCGAGCGUCAGCUUGCCGAUUGAGGACGAGACUGAGACCGAGACGGAUACUGAUCGCGACCUUCCGCGCUGGGCUGGUGGAAUCGUCGUCAAUGGCCCUCCCACUCGCAAGACUUCCGCCAAGAGCCCGCUGGGUCCUGGACAGGAUGCAGAGGGCUUGGCUUGGCGAUAUGUCAUUCAUGCGCCGGAUGUGGGCACUCGCAAGAUGGCGGAAGACAUGGUUCGUCUGGAGAAACUGGAUCUGGUCGUACCUGGCGAGGAUGGUUCCAUCUCGCUCUCUGGCACUUUGGUCGCCCGCAACGCGAUGUUUGAAAAGCAUCUGUUUGUGCGGUUCACACUCGACGCGUGGGCGACUACCUCGGAAGUCCGCGCGUCGUGGAUGGAGGCUCUCCCCCACGUAGCUGAUGAGCCUGGGCCGAACUGGGACCGCUUCUCGUUCAGCAUCCGGCUCACGGAUUACGCUUCGGCGACGCCGCGAGGUGUGUUCCCGCCCUUGCCCCCGCCUGGAACAACGCGGGUCUUGAGCGGGGAAAAGAUGAGCGCUCUCGGCGAAGGCCGAGUCGGUCGCGGGCUGGCGGGACGGAGCAUAGUGCUCGUUGUCAGGUACUGGACACCCUGGGUCGACGCAGCUGGUGUCGCGCCUUACCAAUGGGUGAAAAACUCCCUGGCGUACCCUGAAUCCGAGGCGAUCAAGUCUGCGGUAGAACCGAGCAGCCAUUCGGUGCCGGGCAAGUGGAUCGGGACUGGAGGCGCUGGUCCUGGCGAGUGGUGGGACAACAAUGGGGGGAAAAACUACGAAGUCGGGUUCAUUGUUGAGCAUGUGUCGAAACCCCUCGCUGUUCAAAAUGCGAUUCCGUUCCCGAGUGCGCCUGAGGAGGCACAACAUCAGCACGAACUUAUCAACGGGCAUCCUGUUUCUCCCGUUGCGUCGUCGCUGAGGGCACUGCCGAUCAAGGUCCCCUCGGACCCGCCUCCUCCACCGGCACGCACGGCUCAUGCACAGGCCCUUGCGGCCAAGCUCGGCCGGCUCAACUUGCGGAACUAUGCAGCGCCAUCAUCCAUCGCUCGGUCCAGUUCAUUGCCGGGCGGAUGGUCACCCGCACAGUCGCACCUGCCGCCGCCUCAGGUGCACUCGCCGCCUGCAAAGCAGGCGGAGACUGGCAGCGGCAGCCUGCCUCGUUUCUGGCCAUGGGCGCCGAGCACGUCAGCCCCGGUCCCAUCUCUGCCCGCUGUCACACCCGAGACGGUGGCACGAGAGGCAUCGACGGAUUCGGUGUCUUCGUCUGCGGACUCGAGCGACGAGGAAGACGCGCCUGGCAAGACAGAAGCAGCAGAACCAGAUACACCGCCGACGUCGCCACUGGGUGCAGCAGGUCUCUUGCCCGCUAUUGAUAGUCUCAGCAUGCCUGGACUCGACUCGGACGCAGGUUCUAUCAGCUCGGCUUCGAGUUCACCACCGAUGUCGUCCUCGCCGCCAUCUCGUUUCUGGAGCAUGGGUACAUCUGAUCCUGCGGCUACACCGAUGAACAGCAGGUCGCCGACGGAAAACCUGACACCGCUGGGAAGCCCGCUGUCGCCCGGUGUCGCGGAUUCGUCAUCCAGCCUUUACGAAGCGUUUGUGAAGCAAUGGUGUUUCGCAGGGACCCCCUCAUGAACACUCACGACCGAUCUCACGGCACGGCACGACAAAAGGCCCCCGACAUAUACGGAAACGCGUGGCCACUUUCUUGAAAAAAAAACCACCAUGCUUUUAACCGCUUUCCCAUGCGAUGCAUCUUGUUGUGUUGUGUACAUUUUUACUGUCCUUACCUCACGGCCACCCUCACCCUCAUCAUCCUUCAUCUUCGUCGUCUGAUUUAUCUUCUCCGUUGCCUGUUACGGGCGAUCGGAGCGUGUACAUUACUGUAAGUGUUACCUACCUAGCUACCGUCCUACCAUAUCAUGACACGCACCCACGGACACGCGCACGGACACGUACGAGGCAUGCAUAGCACGGAUACAACCACAUUUAGAUCGUGUGUCCCAGAAAAGGCUGCUACAUAUACAUACUUAGACAUCAUUGUUGUACCUACCACGAACGCAGCAGCGUAUUUAUUCGUCUUUAUCCCCCUUUAGAGUUGCUUUUACGUAGGGGUAUUGAACAUCUCGGAGAGUUGCAUUCGCGAUGCGAUGGAAGAGCGUGUAUGGAUCAGAAUGUACGGUACCGUAACGUACAUGACGAGAGCGAAGCCGAGACAUGGUUCUUCCCAUUCGACAUCCGUUUGCAUUGGCAAAGUGUUCUGUCAGAAGCUGUGCGUGCGCGUCCCACGCCCCGCCACGGCCGGGAUCUGAUGAGAUGAAUGUGCGACGACGGGGGCUUGUGGAUGUGGAGUUGAUUGACAGACGUGUAGGCCGGAGGAUGACAAUGUCCGUUUUCCGUUGGGCGCGGCAGCGGCGGCUCCGGCAGAUACUUCAAGGUGGGACUGUAUACUUGUAGCCAUACGGAGGGAGGUUCGGCCGACGAUCCGCAGAGAAAGAGAGUCCCACGCCGUGCGAUGGGCAUGUUGGUGCCGGGUCGUUUGCUCGGAUGAGGUGGCCUUUAGAUGCGCAGCAGCGGAUGAUUGGAUUGCACAUAUCAUGCGACCAGGGGGGUCUCGGCUAUUCCGAUAUAUGCAUUGUAUGAGCGGACAGCGUGUGCAGUGUUAUUAUAAGAUAUCCCGACGAUCUUGGGAAACCAAUGAAUCUCGGAGUCCGAAAUAGUCUGUGUGAGCGUAGAUUGAGAGCGGCUCCGUUUGUAUCCCGAGCUCCCGGGGUGAGAGCUAGCCGGUGUACCGUAUCCGCAAUGGUUACAGAGUAACCGUUCGCGCGGCGGUAUCGAAAUGGGAGACGCGGGUGCACGCACAGUUUCCAGCCUGAGCUGAUGUCGGCUCCCAGAAGGGCAUGGCGUGGGACAACAUCCCUGACCCGUCGUCGUUCGCGGCCGUCGUACCCCGUCGAUUUAGCGACAACGCAGCGGUGAGCGGGCGGGCCCGCUUUCGUGUAUGGCCCAGGGUCGUGUAAGAAGGAUAGGAUCGCUGAGCAUCGCUGCUGGGUACUGCUGCGCUCCAGAGUUGACAGAGCGCGGCCUGUCCUUAAGCGCAGUCUACGCGGGGGGCUUGGGAGAUCGACGCGGAAGCUGCUCAGUGAUCAUGUCGGGGGCGCCGGCAGUUGAGGCCCCAGAGGCCAGGAUCUCUGCAACUCGCGCUCAGUGGUGGAACAUCGAACCCGCAUUGAAACCGUUUCCGCGGAGCUUUUGGGGACGGUCGUAAUUCCUUCUGAAAAGCUGAACCGCUGGCUUGUGAGAGGGUCGUGGUACCGAUCAAACGAGUCUAGUGUCACGCGUCGAACUAUUUGCCUUUGUUUCUUCGCGUCGCUUUACAUCACAUAUGAUUUU